AUGAAGCUGUCAAAUCAGUCUGAGGUACCGGUCUACACCAUCUCGGGCUCCAACACUGCCCGACCUUUGCCGGAAUGGCUUGCCAGACGCCGUAAGCGCAGCUUGAAGGACGACCCCGAGUAUGCGAACCGUAUCGAAUUGCUGCAAGACUUUGAGUUCGAGGAGGCCAGCCAGUGCGUGCGUGUCAGCGAAGAUGGUGAAUGGGUCAUGAGCACAGGAACGUACAAGCCCCAAAUCCAUGUCCACCAAUUGUCUCAGCUUUCUCUGUCUUGGGCGCGGCACACGGUUGCCCUUAAUACAACAUUCCUGCUUCUCUCUUCCGACUACUCCAAAUCCCUCCAUCUUCAGUCCGACCGUUCUCUUGAAUUCCACACCCCGCAAGGAUGCCACUACACCACUCGACUCCCACGAUAUGGACGCGAUCUUAUCUUCGAUCGCCAGUCGACGGAGGCGCUGGUUCCUUCUGUCGGUGUCAACCAGGAUGGCAUGGGUGAGGUCUUCCGGUUGAACUUGGAGCUGGGGCGAUAUAUGCGCAGCUUUGAAAUAGACGUCGGAGGAGAUGACUUCACAUCUGCUGGAGGAGGUACCUUGCAAGGAGGUAUUAACACUGGUUCGAUCAACACGGGCGCUAUUGCGGAGGACAGUCACAAUCUGCUUGCGUUUGGAACAUCGAUAGGAACCGUGGAGCUGUGGGAUCCUAGGGCCAAGGGCCGGGCGGGCAUUCUUCUGCCACCCACGCAGUCCGUGGCCGACGAGGUGCGGUCUGAAAUUACCGCAUUGGAGUUCCACCGCUCAGGAUUGACGCUGGGCGCCGGCUCGUCCAACGGCCUGAUUCACCUCUACGAUCUCCGAUCUCCGGUACCUUUCCUGAAGAAGGACCAAGGAUACGGGUUCCCUAUCCACACCCUCAAGUUCCUCCAGCCGUCAACUGAGACGCGUGAGGCGACUUUGGACCCAAAGAUUAUGUCUGCUGAUAAGAGGAUUAUCAAGAUCUGGGACCCUCGUGACGGUAGUCCUUGGACUUCCGUAGAGCCAGCGGUAGAUAUCAACUCGGUGGCCUGGUGCAAGGAUAGUGGCAUGCUGCUCACAGCCAACGAAGGCCGACAGCAGCACUCAUUCUUCAUCCCGCAGCUCGGCCCCGCACCAAAAUGGUGCUCGUUCUUGGACAACCUGGUCGAGGAGAUGGCCGAGGACCCGAACGACCCGAACGCAUUUACCAGCGCACAGGCUGGCUCUGUCUACGACAACUACAAGUUCUUGACCGUACCUCAGCUGCGCACACUCAACCUGGAGCAUCUUAUUGGCCGCACCAACCUCUUGCGACCAUACAUGCACGGUUACUUCGUUGCUCAGCGUCUGUAUGAGGAGGCGAGAUUGAUCACCAACCCGUACAUCUGGGAGGAAGAGCGCGCCAAGCAGGUCAAGCAGAAGAUUGACAAGGAGCGCGAGAGCCGAAUCCGUGGCAAGAAGAAGGCCGCCGUCAAGAUCAACAAGAAGUUGGCCGAGAAGCUUCUCAAUGCAGAGGAGAAGAACGAGCGCCGGAGGGCUAAGCAGGUGCUGGAGCGUGGUGGCGAUGCCGACAUGGUUGAUGCACCUGCUGCCGAGACCGACAAGAAGGGCGUCCUGGGCGACAACCGUUUCAACAAGCUGUUCGAGGAUGCUGACUUUGCUGUUGAUGAGAAUUCCUUCGAGUUCAAGCUCAUCAACCCUAGCACGAUUCCUGACGCCCCCGAGCGCAAGGAACGUGGUCUGACCGCCGUUGAGCAAGAGGCCGUGGAUGAUGUUCCCCGCUCCAGCGAUGACGAUUCAGACUCCGAUAAUGAACCCGAGAGGCCCGUGAGAGAGAAGGCCCCCAAGAAGAUUUCUUCCACCGACUACAAGCGCACGAAGCGACCCCCGCCGCGCAUGCAGGUCUCGUCUUCGACACGCACGAGCUCCACCCGGGAUAGGUCCUUCGGCUCUCGUGCGCAGAACAUGAAGACCAGGCAAAGGCCAUCUCGCCAGAGCGGUGUCGUUGGUGAGCACGAAGUGAGCUUCAUGCCGGCUUCCAAGUCGAAGAAGCAAAAGCCGGAGGUCCAAUACGAUAAGACCGAGUACCGGGCGAAGGAUCGCCGCAGUGCCUCGAACAACGCGUUCCGUAAGAUGUGA